AUGGGCUCCUCCGCUUCUUCUCAAUGCAAAAACAAAUAUGGAAACUUUAGCUGGAAAUUCAAAGUGAGCAUAGUUCAUUUUGAUGGUAAGCUCCAACAAUGGAAGCAGCCAUUGAAAGCAGGGUACGUUCUGUCUCAGAACCCAAACAGCUUCAUCUGCAGCUCAAAUUCUAUGUACAUAGGCUCACUAUUGCCUCAUGUGGCUCCAAGUGAAGAGCUUCAAGUGGGUGAAAUAUAUUUUCUCAUACCACUUUUUAAAUCUGAUAUCCCGCUCUCACUUCAAGAGUUAGGCGCAUUAGCCGUCAAGGCUCAUGCAGCACUUACCCACUCAAUCAAUAAAUCUUCUUAUGUUUUACUCUAG